CAGAUUCCGGGUAUUCUACGUCUACUCAACGAAAUUUCUCAUACAUAAUCAUGUCUGGAAGAGGCAAAUCCGGCGCCGGCAAAGCCAGAGCAAAGGCCAAGACUCGCUCAUCCCGUGCUGGACUCCAGUUCCCAGUCGGCCGUGUCCACAGGCUCCUGAGGAAGGGGAACUACGCUCAGCGUGUUGGUGCCGGAGCUCCCGUCUACCUGGCGGCCGUGCUCGAGUACCUGACCGCUGAGAUCCUGGAGCUGGCUGGAAACGCCGCCCGCGACAACAAGAAGACCAGGAUCAUCCCCCGCCAUCUGCAGCUAGCCGUCCGUAACGACGAGGAGCUUAACAAACUGCUCGGCGGUGUGACUAUCGCUCAGGGAGGUGUGCUGCCCAACAUCCAGGCCGUCCUGCUGCCCAAGAAGACCGAGAAAGCUGUGAAGAGCAAGUAAAGCUCCGUACUGCUCCUCAACCAACCCAAAGGCUCUUUUAAGAGCCACCCACUCCAUCCGAAAGAGUAAAUUCCUCCUAGACUUUAAGUCGAACACGCUUAGUAUACAAAUUGAUUUAUUAACCACUGCAGGGUGUCC